UAAUUAACAGCCCAGUGGGGAAACACUUGAGCUUCAGUUGUCAUUCCGCAUGGAAUAUAUCGAGGAUGUAUGUUUGACAGCGACGGAGGUCUCAACACCCAUAUGGCAAAAUACAUAGAGUUUUAUAUCACGAGAAUGACGGGAUGGUUGAUUUUCCCAUUCUGACGGUUAUCCGUAAAUGCAGCAAAUCCGAGGUGGAAAUGAGGAAGUGGGUAAGACACCAGUGACUGUAAAUAAAAGUAGCUAGGGGACAUUAAAUGACACAAUUGACUUCUGGAAACGUUGCUGCGCUCAUCGCAUCCAGACUCUGUUGACAAAAAGCAUUCAAAAUUACACCAGGGCUGAGCCAUGGCCAGUUUUCAGAUCCGGAAGUAUCGGGAUGACGAUGCAGAGGCAGUGAAGGAGCUCUUCAGCCUGGGGAUGAGUGAGCACGUGCCUUCGGCCUUCAUGCACCUCCUGAAACAGCCACUGACCCAGAUGGUGCUCGUGUGCCUGUUCUGUGCUCUCAUGACCAGCUCCAAGUCCUUCCUGCUGCCCAUCCUGGCCGUCACUCUGUUGCUAGCCGGGGCCCGGCAGUUUGUCGUCUACAUGUUCAACAGCUACAUCGACACCUCGCUCAGGAAGGACGUCAGCAAGAUCGGUGAGGCCUACCUGAUGCAGAAGGACUCUGGUUUUUGGGUGGCUGAAGUUGAUGGUCGAUUGGUUGGCAUGGUGGGUUGCCUUCCUAAUCAGGACGCGCCUGCCUGCUUGGAGUUGAAACGCAUGUCUGUACGCCGCAGUCACCGUGGAAUGGGCAUCGCUAAGGCUUUGUGUCGGACAGUAGCUGAUUUUACUCGUGACAGGGGUUAUGCAGCAGUCGUCCUGUACACCUCUGUGGUGCAGACAGACGCUCAGAAGCUGUACGAGCACAUGGGCUACGAGAAGAUACGAGAGUUUGUUAUUCCUGAGCUCGUUGCCAAAAUCACAAACUUCACUCUGUUCGAGUACAGACUCGAUUUACAGAGAGAUGGGAAAAAUGACUGAGUGGUCUUGAAGUGAGACUGUAACAUUUCAGGCUGAGAAUACCGUUCGUUCCUCCAGUUUAUAUGCUAAUGUUUUCCCAGCAUGCAUUACAAAACACUCAGGACAGCUGGUCAGAUGACAGCAUUAACAUGAGAAACAACACUUGCAGUAAAAGAUUAGUCAUGCUUUCUCUUGUUACCAUCACACACACACACACACACACACACACACACAGAACAGAUUGAUAAUUUAUUAUUCUUUUUUUAAUAGUUGAUAGAAAUAUCUACUAUUUCCACUGUCAAGCUGUUAAAGGGUCUUGUUGAUUUAACUUCUUGAAAGUAAUUUAUUUAAUUUUGUAAAGGACUUCCUUUUGUGAAUGAUAUUGAAUGAUACUUAUAAUAAAGUUAUAGAUCUGAGCAUGCUCCUGCAAUUUUGUAGCAUUCAUUUUUUAUUUAAUUUUGUAGUACCAUUAGGGAUGCACCGAUCUGAAACAUGGGGUUGGUAUCAAGCCUGAUACUACUGAUCAUGGAUGGAUCGUGGAUCAUGACAUGACCGAUCCAAAUUAAAUACAGUUUUUUUUCCCUCAAUGUCAUUAUAAAAUUCAGUGUUUCUGUUAUUGAUUUAUUCAGUCAUAGCAGGCCACCAGCUCAGCUUUUAGUGCUGCAGUAAUCCCUCCUAAAAAUGAUUCCAAUAAGCAGUGAGGUGUACCGAUUUUUAAUUUUGAAAAAGAGUUGGAUAGGUGCAUCCCUGGUACUGUUAUAUGUCAAUGAGGUCAUUUUACCAAAACCAUGUUAUGAGAUGUUGAAUCUUGAGAUGUUUUAAGUCUGACUUUAGGAUUUCAAUACUUUUAAUAGCAUACUUCACAUUUUCCUAUAAGCCAAAAAUGUGACCUGAGGGAGGUAGUUCUGCCCCGUGGUUUGUUUUGCAUACAGGAUGCUACACUGUCUGAGACUGAUGCUCACAAGCUGUGAGGUUCUCAGGUUGUUUUUAAUAACAGAUCUAAUGAAUAUUAGAUGAAUAUUAGAUCUGUUUUGUAUCAAAUUUGUGAUUUAAAUCAAAGUUUUAAAGAACAUAAUGUUUAGGCUUUACUGUCCCUAAGAAUACUUUUGCGAUGGGGUUGAAGUGAAACACAGAACACACUCAGACUUGAAAGUAAAAUAAAAAAUAAACAUUGUAAAAAUCUGUUUAAUAUCUUAAAAAACCCACAAACUUACAUUAAACAAAUGUAGAUACACAA